AUGACAGAUGUAGACACUAAGGCGGUUCGGCGCAGGAAGCCGAGAAAAUCUCGCGGCAGGGGACUCCGCACUACUACCGGCUGUCUUAUAUGCAAACAACGUCAUGUGAAGUGUGACGAAGUUCGGCCUCAGUGCGGUCCUUGUCGCAAAGGUCAGCGACCGUGUACUUAUGAGCCGUCGACAUCGGCCAGUCAGUCUCAGUCCGUGGACCACCAGGACGCACAAGAGGCGCAAAAUGUGCAGCAUGUACCGGAUCUACCAUUUCAGCAAAUGGUCAUAGAACAUACGAGCGACGGCGGAGGCAGCAACAGUAGCAGCAAUAACAACAAUAAAGACGACAUUAACAAUAUAAUAAUUCCAUCACCGUCGGUCAUACGCGACACGAACAUCCAGGUGGACUCCCCACUCUCAUAUCGCACAGCUGGCAUUUCUCCCGGUAAUACAGAAAUCUCAACUGGCCAUGCGCCGUACAGCUGGUUCGAGCUUCUCGCCGGGGAUGUAGCCAAUCUCGAUCAAAAUUUCCUUCUGUCGCCACUGGGCGAGGCAAGGGUACCAGCCACCUCGCAGCCUUCUAUCGAGCAAGGCUCACCCUCUAAUCCGCUACUUAUACCGCGCAAUUUACGUGAAAAGCAAAGCUUUCAAGCUGCAGCAUUUAGGGAUAUCCCUAUCACUAACAACAACCUCCCGCCACCGAUUGAACAGCCAGCAGUGAUCAGAGAUGAGAGGUCCUGUUGGACUACCCAGGAGCAAAUUCAGCUCAAUAGCAUUGAGUGUUCAAUAUUUACACAUUUCGUCCAUCAUAUCAGCACAUGGUUGGAUUUUUUCGAUCCGCUGAAACAUUUCGGGAAUCUUAUACCACAUCUAGCAUUAUACAACGUCGGGCUCAUGAAAGCCUUAUUGGCACUUUCGGCACGACAUAUCUCUCUAUGGGAGGAAAGAACGAGGGUGGAAUUAGGAACGAGCAAUUAUGACACGGAAGAAGUCAACAGCAUCAGCCGAGACACAUCGGUACAAUACUAUUACGAGACACUACAACAUCUCCACAAGGCCAUGCACUACAAGUCAUACACACGAAGCCAGGAGCUACUCGCGACAGCAAUUUUGAUUAGCACAUAUGAGAUGAUCGAUGGGUCGAACCAGGACUGGGAACGACAUCUCAAAGGCGUAUUCUGGAUUCAGCGCUCACAGGACAACGACGGAGAAUCGGGAGGACUCCGCCAAGCGGUAUGGUGGGCAUGGUUACAGCAAGAUAUAUGGGUAGCUCUAAUUGAACGACGUCGCCUUUUCAGCUUCUGGCGCGCAAAACGGCCUCUUGCAACACUCAACUCCCCGGAACUCGCAUGCCGCUCCAUUUACCUCUUGUCGCAAUGCAUAAACUACGCCUCGAACGAAGAGCGGCAAGGAAACACAAUUGAUCAGCGGUUUCAACGAGGGAAUGAGUUACUCCAAAUCUUGGAGGAUUGGAAGCAACAUCUUCCACCAGAGUUCGGUGCGCUUCCUAUAGCCGAUGUGCAGGAUAUGCUAUUCCCGCCAGUCUGGAUUCAUCCUCCGUCGCAUGCAGCUGCCGUGCAAUCGCACUACCUAUCCCAAAUCCUUGUGCUGACCCAUCGUCCGCUGAGCGGUGGUCCUAUAGACUACAGCAUUGUGCAACGCUCGAUACGAAAAGCAGUCGAGAUUGUAUGCGGUAUUGCACGAACAGUCGACAAGACUAGUACGCAGGCGAAUUAUAUAUCGGUUAUGGCUCUCUUCGUAGCCGGCACAACGCUGCAUGAGAAUCGCGAACGCGCCAUUGCGCUUGACUUGAUUGAUUCGUGUGAGCGGAGAAUUGCAUGGUCAAAUCGUUCGUUGCGAACAGAGUUGGAAUCGGAAUGGCGUCAGAUAGACCAUGGGGAGAGAUCGGGUGGCACUUUUCGAUUGAUCUAA